AUGUAUUUCCCGCGUCACCAACAUGAAAAAGAGCCCCGGGGUAGGUUCAAUCCACAGGCAUUGGAUUGGCUUCCGGGUAUGGUACAAAUGGCCACAUUACCCCCUGCGCCCGUUGCCACGUACCCGCAACAUUUCCCUUCCGUGCAUUAUAACAAUAUGACUGACGGCCCUGCAACUCUUCCUUGUUUCCCAGACUUAUUUCGAGAUUGGUUGCAUGGUGGUGUGAUGUUCCCUCCAUUUCCUUUCGCUGGUGGGCCUUCUGAUGGAGCAUAUUACCCGACGGGACCCCAGCACCCUCAAUUAUGUCCACAGAGUGCAGAAGGCUGGAUGGAAGCUGAACAACGUUACUACAAAUACUUUCAUCCGUUUUGGUGUGCAUAUCAACGGUUUUUGAGGGAUUGUUAUACACGACCUGUGACGAACGAUUUAUACUCUGCAGUUCCCACGAGUCACCAAACCCAACCACCAGCGGUGGCAACAGCAGAUAUCGCCACGUUUACCCGUGAAGGGACCCCAUGGACGCAAAAUUGGGGGUGUGACGCCCAGCACAAAGAGAAUACGGUUUCCAACAAGUGUGACAGCUGCGUGAAGUUAGCAGCCCCCACACAUGCCGGAGGUGAGGUGUUACCUGGGGAUUGCGAGACCACUGCAGGCGAGUGGAGGGAAAUUUCGUCUCUUGCACUCUCCUCGUGCUUGUUGUGUGGCGACACGGGCCAUCGUUACACCGCAUGCCGCUUUUUUGACGGGAAGACAUUAUGCUUGGUACACAUCGCCGACUCAUACAUCUACGCGAUGCACCACAAGAACUGGGUUGAGAAGGCAACGUUGCUAGACGUGUGUUCCUUUGUCCACGUGGCCGUAGGCAUCUUGCCAAAGAACUUGUUGUUGUACAUUGGCGAUCACGUACUUGACGUUACGUCUUACGAGACUGACGCUCGUUGCUGUGACUUGGAUCUUCUUCCCGGUGCGGUGGUUGGUGUUGCCACUCGGCAUGAGGCUGUCCCGGAGAUGGAAAGCAAGGGACCUGCAGAACAAUUCUCUGAGCCACGUGUUGAAGAUCAAUGUUUGAAGGUCUCGCCUAUAUCAAAGGCCUCGGCAUCGUCUACCUCACUCCACACAUCGGAAACGCAGGAAGGGCUCCUUGGGCGCAACGAGAGCCGAGAGGGAGACAACAAUGAGUCACCAGGUGUUGACGAUAUUGAAGCAGACAGAAGGAAGGCGGAUGCAGUGAGGCAGCGGCAGAGUCCUGUUGCUGCGCCAUAUUUAGGCACUACAGAUGGUGAUUUAAACUCCACUCAAACACGGGCACAACAGCAAACUGCGAGCAUCCCCACUUGUGACCGGCCAGAACCGCAAGGAGGGUUGGAAGGAAAGGCAUGUGACGAAAUAGAGAGUCACAAUGACAUUGUAGACUCCGCGCAAGGAGAAGAGGUAAGUGACGCUCCCGUGGAGAGUAACGGCAAGACAGAGAGCGAUGGACGCCGUCGCCGAACGGUUCACGUGAGGUUCAUACCAGUGUCCAUGGCAUUUUCUGACAUCCGGGCUCUUCUCUGGUCAUGUGGAGAGGUCUACAAGGUCCGACUUGUGAAGCCAAAAACGACCCCGAACCCUGAUAAGAUGUUUUAUGUUUGUUUCGUUGAGUACGCUGAGGAGCAGGCAGCCCUGAAAAUGUUGGAGAUGCAUGGUCACCGUAUCGCCGCAUCUUUUCACCUCGCGGUAGAAAUCAGCAAACACGCCAUUCUUGGGGGCUAUGUGACAGACCGUGACGUGGGUACUGGUAAACCCUGCACAUUUGGGCUAACUGACACUGAGCGCUGGGCUAUAGAGCAGCGCCACAAACGUCCCGGAGCUGGUUCUGCUGGUAGCGGUAACGGUGAAUGUGCUGAGGAAGGGGGCUAUGAAGGCGAAGGAAAAGGAGGAAGGCGGUGUCGUCGCGGUGGCCGAAAACAUCGAGGUAGAGCUCGCCAAUCUACCCCUACUUCAGGGGAAACUCCCAAUGGUUUGGGUGAGGCGGGGAAACAAUGUACCGGCGGACCCUAUUCACUGCAAAUCGUUGCUGAAGACUCGAAACGGAAGAGCUGUCGCGGCAGCCACCGCAUUACCGAUGCGAAAAGUGGAAAUGGAACUACCGGUGCGGUGGGUGAGUUACCACAAACCACGCUGGCAAACUCUGAUUUAAGCACUAAACCAAUACAGUCUACGGUGUCAACGCCUCGUGAGGUGGUGGGGCAUAUCUCAGUGACUGCGGAGGAAAGUAAGCUUCUCGAGCAUCUCCGCAACGCUACCAUAUCGUACCUCCGGUGCCCUUCCAAACGAAGCUUUUACGAGGUACUCACUGUGCUUGAAGACGUUAAGUUGUGUUCCCCUUCCCCUCUGUGCUGCCUCCACCUCACCAAAGCUGAGGUGGCGCUGCUUUUCCUUCACAGGUCUUCGGGGUUUGUGGAAGCGGCCGCAACGGCUGCCAAUGGAGCGGUGCGCGCAGGGGAGGAACUGUCGCAUCUGAUGGCGAGAGAUGCGAGCAGCCAAGACCACAUCGGUGCUUCGUGGAGUUCCUUCUUCACCGCAUCUCAUCCAUCCCUCUGUGGCCACUGGAAAAAUUGGCGAGACAUGGUGUACGGUGAUGAAGAGGAAAGUGGUGAGGGAUCGCGAAAUACCAAGUCAGAUGGAGGCACAGCAACCGCAUCAUAUCCGCGAGUCGGCAGAGUGUUGUGUUUCGUUGAGAGCCUCCUCCACAUUGCGUUGUUGUGUGACAGCCUCUUAAUGCAUGAGCUGGAGAAGGACUGCGAAGGGAAAUUUGUCAUGCGAAACAUUGAUGCAGAUUCACCAGGGGUCGGAAAAGUUAUGUGGAAACUUGUUUGUUGUAUCCGUCGCCUCCUCCAGAGGCUCCGAGCAUUUGCUACAGAAAGUGAUGGAAGCGGGCGGGAGGAUCGGACAGUUUUGUCACCGCGGUGGCUCACCACUGUUGCCCGCGUUUUGGUGCUUCUUCCUUCAGAAGCUGAGUGGCACGUGGGAAACCUACUUGACGCAUUUGUUCCUUGCGCGUCGGACUUGCCGGUCGCAAUUUUGGAAGAUUUAGCGGGUAUUCGGUUGUUCUAA